GACCCUCAGCUAACUGGAUUUGAUUUACGAGAAGAAGAUCUGCAUUAAAUGGCCAUGCUCUUCAUAUUGCCAGAAUGGAAACAAGAAUUGUCAAUAGGAUGUGGCCUGAUAAAUUUCGCCAAGUGAAGAUGUUGCUUCAAUAAGUGUGAAAUCAAUGGGAAAUACUUGGCAUGUGAAAAGCCUUUGAGAUUUUGACAGCAUUGCGUUUAGGAGAUUUGAUGCCUUUCCUUUGAUUGCACUGCUUUGCAAGUGGAUAUAAAUAGGGUUGCUUUUAGUGCAGCUACACAGAAAUAAUUGUGGACCAUGUCACUUCAAAAAUCUACCCGAUUGAGCUGUUUGUGGAGAGUAAUGAGGGUGCAGCUGCAUUUGGGGGUGGAUGUCACCUUUAUACUCUGGAUACUUGGAUUUACGCUACAAGCAGUCGUGAUCUCCUCUCAAAAACUGGAUGACUCGGACCCGGUGGUAAGCACCACUUACGGCAAGGUGCGGGGAUUUAAAAAGGAACUCGGCAAUGAAAUUCUGGGUCCUGUAAUUCAGUUCCUUGGUGUACCAUAUGCAGCUCCCCCUACUGGUGAACGACGCUUUCAGCCUCCCGAGCCGCCAUCAUCUUGGUCUGAAAUCCGCAACGCCACACAGUUUCCACCAGUGUGUCCCCAGACUGUUGUAGAAGGAAGGCUACCAGAGGUCAUGCUUCCAGUGUGGUUUACUAAUAGCUUGGACAUAGUUUCAACAUAUGUUCAAGACCAGAGUGAAGACUGCCUUUUCUUAAACAUGUAUGUUCCAACAGAGGAUGACAUUCGUGAAGGCGGCAGCCCAAAGCCAGUGAUGGUGUUUAUCCACGGAGGGUCAUACAUGGAAGGCACUGGAAAUAUGUUUGACGGAAGCAUCUUGGCGAGUUAUGGGAAUGUCAUAGUCAUCACUGUUAACUACCGGCUUGGUGUUUUAGUAAUCUUCCAGCUUGAGCCUCGCACCCCUCUCAAGCCUCGGGCUGUCCUAGCGAGGCUGCGCUUGCCCUCGCGGCGACGGCAGCUGACUCGGCUACCCCAGCCUGACGUCGACCGCGCUUGUCUUUGGAGCCGACGCCAACACUGA